GGUUGGUUGCCACUCAAAAUUUGGAUUGAAAGACCUUUUUGUUUUAUAAAUGGUCAAAAACAUAGUUAAUUCAACAAUUUUUUAGUAAAGUAUGUCUAUAAACGUGACUGUAAAUGGUAAUCCAGUCAAUAUUCGUCGAGGAAGAAUGGUGCUGUCAGAUUUAGAUCAAAUUAAAAAAAAUGAACGCGAUCGUCGAAGGAGGUUACGGCUGGAGCAGGUACGACAGCAGUCAAAAGAGAUUUCAAAUAGACUUCACGAGCGAGCAAAAUCUGUAGUACAAAAAGAAUUAAGUCGUCUUGAAAAGGAUGGAAGAUCGGAAAUUAAGCAAAUGCAUGAUCGAAAGAUACUGGAGAUGCAGCGAAAAUAUCAGGAAGAUAUGGAAGACAUAGGCCAGGCUCAUUUGGCUGCAACAGUUCAACCGGACGUAGAUGCAAUAAUUGAAUCUGAAAAGAGAAGAAACAGAGCCGUUGCUCUCGAAAGAGGAAGGGAAGCUGCUCAAAGGUUAAAGGAUUCCGAAAUGAAAGAAGACAUGCGUCUUUUGCAACAAGAGAGGUUGAAGAAAGUCAGGGAAUUCGAAAAUACGAGAGCAGCUUCUGUAGCUCAAUCUAAAGUUCCUUCUUCAAGCAAAGAAGAAAAAGCAGUCUCUGAUUACUCCCUGAGUGAUGAUGCCAUUGCUGAAAUUCCACAAGAAAAUUCCCCGAAGAAAACGAUGGUCACGAAGUCCGUUUCGAAGAAAUCGCCUAUUAAAGUCAUCACAAAGUCUAAUGUCAAGGUCGUUGCGAAUCAUUCUAAAGAUGUAUCACCACAUCGAAAAACUAAAGUUCAUGGCUCAAAAGACCACCCAGGGUCUUCGGGAAUGCAAAAGAAGUUUAAGGGAAAAGAAAAGAAGAAAGAUCCGAAAGAAGAUUUACACCGCUCGAAGACACGCCGAUAUGUUACUAAAUCUUCCAAACUUUCUCGCCUUCGGAUUAAUCCCGAAUCUGAGAUCGAGGAAAAUGAUAAUGAAUCAAGCCCUGAAAUUAAUGUAAACAUAUCUUCGACUAAAUCUAGCAAACCUUCAAGGUACAAUCCAGAAGAUUACAUACACGAAUCUCCAAAUUCUAGCAGUGAUAGCGACAGUAGUAGCAGUUGUACAAGUUCCAUGAGCGAAGAUUCUUCAUAUUUUUCCGACGCUGCAGACCCUGUUAUAAAAAGAAAUCCGAAAAUUCCAAAACAUAAGCCAACGCCUGUAGAAAGUAAAGUUCAGUUGUAUGAUCACAAUACUAGACAGAGAAAUGCUUACGAAAGACCGCCGGGAAUUGUUGAGCGAAUCGAUGUUCGAAACGAGCCAAACGCAGAAGACUUAGCACGAGAAGUUUUGGAGUCAGAAAGCGUGAACGCAGAGUUACUAAGGAAACGAAAAACGAGCGCCGAACGUCGAGGACAAGAUGCUUUACUUCGAGAAAGAGUUCGUCGUGAUUAUCAAACUCUGUUGCAAAAUUUGGACCAUUUGUCACGCGAAGAACGAAAGCUGAAAGCAAGUCAAGUCCACGAACCGCCGAAUCUACACAUGUCGCCGAUGCGUAGAAAGGAUUUCCAGAUGAAGCGUCAAAGGAAAAUGAACCGUGCUUUCGAGGGAAUCCUCCGAAAUGCAGAGGACCCUCCUUACACUCUCGCAGAAAAAAUCGUCACCCUCAAACCUCAAGAAGACUUCGACGACGAUAUCCAUCUUAUUCCCCAAGCUUCUUGGCAAGAUCCGCCUUUCCGAGACUCGAUUCCACCCAGUUCGCUUGAAAAAAAGGACAGUCUCGACGAAUUAUCACGCGAGGAGCAACUCCUCGAAUUACUGCAAAAGGUCGAGAGACAGAAGCGAAUUUUACUCAGAGAAUUCGGAGCGAAUCUUCCCUCUGAAGUAUUCACUUCUUCCAACACAGGAGACGAUCCCAAAUCUGAAUCCUCAAAACCUGUAUCUCCUAGUAAGCCUACUCCUAUUCAAAAACCACCUUCUUCUGAAAUGAAAGUAAUAAAUGUGUCAGAUCAUGAAGAAGCUUCAAAACAAAAAAUUCCUGAGAAAAAGAAAGUUCCUAAACAUACGGAAAUCGCAGUUCAGACAUCGACGAUUGAAAGCGAUUCUGGUGAGGAUAAAAGCAUUCAAGUUGAAUUGGAUGAUACGAAUCAACAAGUUCCGGUAGUAAAUGAAGAAGCGCCUAGGAAACUAGAAGAUCAAAAUAAAGAAAAUAGGAGACUUUAUCCUUUGGAACCAGUCGUGAAAGUAGUUACACCAGAGAAUGUAGACAGCAGUAGUAGUUCUUCGAUUGUCACAGACCUGAUUAUUAAUUUUGAUAAGAAGCAGGUGCAAGUGACGCCGAAAAGGAAGAAAAAGGGGACUUUCAAGAUCUCGAGAAAAACUUCACCUAUGGUUUCUGCAAAAUCCAGAUCUGCUCCUGGAAGCAAAGCUUCAACGCCGGUUAAAAAAUCAGCAAGGUCUGCGCCUCCCUCGAGACUUCCGACUCCGAAGAAGACACAAGGGGCUAAAAUUUUGGAAGCGAGACAUGAUCUUCAUGUUAAUCGGGAAUUUAGAGCGGAAAUUGAUAGAUUUGGAGGUGUUACUGUGGAUUCGAGCACAGAAAGUUCCCAGGUUUACUCAACUCCUAAUAACGGGUCUCCUGGAAAGGUUUAUCGAAUCCACACAAAGUCUUCGAAGAAAACGAUCAGGAUUAGAGAUGCUUCUGAUACAACUUCUACUUCAUAUGCAAGCCCACCAACUGCUGAAGCAGCUGCGCUUUUAAAUAAGGGGUUGAAAGAUAGCACUCCGAUUUUAGAGAUGUUGGAUGCAUCUACCUCUAAUGAUUUGCACAUAAGAAAAUCGCAGAUAAGUCCGGUUUCUACUCCGGAAACUCCAUCGCCGAGAACUAUGAGGCUGCCUUCUAAUGUUCCCAAUCCUGAAAAGAUAAGCAGGAUGCUGAGGUUUAAUCAAAUGGAAGAAGAUUCAAGAAGAGAAAGGAGAAACGAUAGGAAUGUGGAUCAGGAGAAAAGGAACCGGCAGAGAAGUAGAUCAGCAGAGCAGAAAAGUCCCCAGAAAUCAAUGCAGAAAUGCAAUUGCAAGAAUCCGAGUUGUAAAUUGCAUGAAGAGGUUGAUGAUAUUGCCAGCGAGGCGUUGAGAAAUUGCCCGGAGAUUCAAAAAUUGUAUGAGGAAUUAGAGAAUGUUUGUGCGGAAAGAAUUGCUUCGUUGUCGGAUCUUAUUAAGAAGUUGAGGAAUGAACAGCAAGUUCUUCCUCCAGGAGUGGAUUUCUCUCUUAUGACUCAAAAUGACAACACAAGUUUCCUACAAUUAUCCCCCGGAAGUCUUCCUCAUGAUUUACAAGACGUUCGAAACUUGGUAGAAAACGUAGAAGCGAUCAACAACCAAUUAGCAAGAACCCUUCAAGAAUCGAGAAGGAUCAUUGCCGGCGAAGGAAUUAAUCUUCCGAAACCUCCCGUUUCAUAUUCGCUAAUUGAAAAAUCCCCCGAACUUAGCGAUUCAAGGUCGAAAGAGUCCAUAAUUUCAAGUAUAGAUGAAGAUCCUCAAAUAACUGAAGAAAGAGCAGAAAAAGGCAAGCCAAAAAUAAUCAGCAGUGAACCAGUCAAUCUCAACAUAGACAAAUUCAGAGUCUUACGAAGUCCUUCGAAACCGGAAGGAAGAAAUCGAACAGGAAGUGCAAAAACUGCAUCUGGACAUGAAGAUGUGGUAGAACAGAUUUCUAAGGAGAUUCUUGAACAGAGUAAAAGUUUAAAUAAAUCUUUUGGUCUUGUGACUUUGGAAUCCCUGAAGGAGUCUGAUAGUUACUUAGCAAUGAAGAAUGAAUUUACUUUCGAGAAUCUUGAUUCUUCAAAGGAAAAGGAGAAGGAAGAGGAAAAAAACUUAUCAACGAGGAGAAAAUCUGGAAGUCCUGAGAAGAAAGAAGUCGACUUCGUUCCUCUGUUGGCUGGAAUUCCAAAAGUUUCUCGCACAUUACCGAGUUUAAAUCCCAGAGGACGUCCGCCGGUUACUUUAAUCAGUGGACCUUACAGACCCGAGAUAACAUCUCCCGUGCACGAACUCUCAACAAUCGUCGAAUUCGACACUCCCGACACAGCGAACCGGAGUCAAGCGAGCGUUCGAAGUUCCCCUUCAAAAGUGAAGCAAAAUCUCUCAGUCGAUUUAAAUUCGUCAGUGAGUCCAUCUAAAAAAUCAGCCUUUAAAAACCCGCUAGAACUUUCUCUUCAUAAAAAUUUUACUACUAGUAAACCGUCCGUCCACGUUGCUCCCCUUCCAACUCAUCGAACCCCACAAUCAACGCCCAAAAAAUCUCCAACCCAAAAGUCUCCAACCCAGCUCUUCCCCAACGGUUCCCAAAUUCCCAGGAGAAAAUCUCUCAAAAAAUUCGACGCAUUUGCCAAAUCGAAGGAAAAAAGCGAUUCCACAGACUCGUCAGAACUGGUGAAUAAUAAGGAAGAAUUGCAGUUCCAUACGAUCCACAAAGACGAAAAGUCCACCUCCAAUGUUUUUCAAUCGGACGAACCGCAGAGGAAAUUGACCUCGACAAGUUCCAACAGCUCUUCCGCGCUCUCAGGAAUUUCCGAAAUUGCAAGCACACCUUCUUCAGAUUUUUUGAAAUGUGCUUCCUCGCCAGAAGAAAUGGAAAGGACUUUGAAAAAAUUCGGCCUCGGCUGGGCAAUAACAACUUUAAAAAAAACGAGAGAAGCCAGCGCUCUUAGUUCUUCUUCAAAUUCGGAUGUAACUCCGAUUAAUACAGCGCGAAGAAUCAUUUCCCCGAUCAAAAGACAAGCUGAAUUGCAUUUAUAUGGCUUAGCAGAUUUAAGUGACGUUUCAUCGAUUUCGAUCAAGGAAGCAAGCAAAAGCACGGAACGUGCUGUUUUAAUGAAAGGAAGGACUUCCACUCCCAAUAUUUUGAAUUCGAAUUCGGACAAAUCCGGAUCGACUACUGCUGGAUCUUCUAGUAUAAGUCUCCGAGAUCCGAAUGACAGUUUAAGUAUUCCUAAUUUAUUUCUUACGAGGGGAAAGAAGAAUAGAGCGAAAGAUACAAAACCUUCUUGAUGUUUGUUUUUAGGAUUCGAAGAGAAUUUAAUGACUUUCGAGAUAGUUUGACAUUAUAUUUUCCUAUACAUAUAAAUUAAUGCUGUAGCUCCAGUUUUAUAAUUAAGGAAUUUAGGAACGUUUUUCCGACCGUUUUAAUAUUUUUGACAUUUUAAACAGGGUGAAUCAAUCACUAUUAAUGAGAAUACUGUUGAUGAGAAUAUAAGAUAUUAUCCCUAGGAAUAUAUCUAGGUUUUCAAUUGGAAUUUUUAAUUAGGAAUAACUAUAUGAAGAAAAGGAGAGGGAUGUGUUCAUUAGUAAGAAUUGCAGAUAUAUUUUUAUUUCAUAGUUGAACUGCGAAGCACCUAGCAGAGAUCUGGACCAUAUUGUUGUAGAAUAUACAUUUUUCACGCCGAAAUGUUCAAUUAGGUUUUAUAGGAAUUGAGAAAGUUAUUGAUAAACCAUUAAUUCAGACUGAGAAUAUGGUCUUUGUUAUGGCUAUCGUUUACGUCGACCUUGUUACUAUUAUGUAUAGAAUUUUUAAAUAUACUGUAUUUUAAUCUGCGGUA